UUUCUUGGCGUCGUCGUCAUCUGCUCGCCCUGGCACAUGCGUCUCCCGGCAUUCUCACUCUUCGCGUCAGACUGGUUAUAUACCUCCUGGCAACUCCCCGUCGGGCCUUCAUCCCCCUCCUCCCAGCGCCUCGUCCAGGGCGAGGUCUAUAAUACUUUUGACGGUCCCGGCUUCCCAGCCUGCAACAAUGUCGCGAAGAUUUACUACCCCACCACCGUCGACGAGAUGGCCGCCAUCGUCAAAAACGCGAGUGCAAACGGAAUCCCCGUUCGGGCUAGCGGGAACGGACACAUGUGGUACGACACCAUGUGCUCUGAUGACCCGAAGACUAUCAUUGUGAGGACGGAAUACGUCAACCGCAUCUCCGACCUCCAGCUCAACGGUGCAACUGGCUCGGUUGUCGUUGAGGCCGGUACCACUUUCCCCCAAGUCGCCCAAUGGUUGCAAGACCGCAAGGCUGCGCUUGGUUAUACCCUUGUCAACUGGAACAUCACCCUCGGCGGUGCCAUCGCCAUGGGCGCCCAUCGCUCCUCCCUGCGUGAAGAGUCACAAGUCUCCGCUGCUGCUCUCUCGAUGGACAUCAUCAACGGCAACGGUGACAUUGUCCACGUCGAAAAGUCCAACUCGGACGACUGGCUCGCGGCUACGACCUCGCUCGGUCUACUCGGCAUCAUUGCUCGCGUCAAGAUUUCCAUUUUGGCCGACUACAAGGUCUGGGCGAACCAGACCACUUUCGACGAAGACCAGAUCUUGAACGGCGAUCUUCACAAGCUGGUGUCGCCCUAUGUCACUGCCAACCUCUGGUGGUGGCCCAGCGUCAAGAAGUUCCAUUUGCGCACGUACGGUGUUGUCCCCGUCUCGACUUUUGGAAAUGCUUUCCAAUCGACAUUCUCUGUCACUUCCCUCGAAGGCGAUCUCGCUCUUUCCCUCCUCAACGGCGGACAGAACUCCAGCAGUGCCAACUUCUUCUCCGCUGGCAUCUUCUACGGACUUUGGUCAUUGCCCAAUUUCCAUGAAACUGUUUUGGACUUGCCUCUCCUUAUCUGGCCCGUCAUCGGUCGUGCAUACGAUGUGCUCAUCGGUGGACUUUACCCCAAUCAACGCCCCGAGUGGGAGUACGACCUGCACGGAAAGACCCUUGAGCUUGCUGUCCCCGUCGACCAGGGCCCUGCUCUCCUUCGCCGCGUUCGCCAACUCCUCGACCAGAGUGCCGCCGACGGCAAGGCCGUUACCUCGACUUACCGCAGCGGCAUCAACAUCAAGUUUGGCCGCCCCUUCGACAGCUUCCUCGGCCAGACAACUGAGCGCAUCGGGAACCGCACCGCUGAUUGGUCCAAGGGCGCCAUGAUGUUUGACUUCCCCUCAUUCGUACCCACCACUGGCGACCGCCACCGCUUCAACGAACAGUGGUAUCUUGACCUCGCCAAGAUCCUCGUCGACGAGUUCCCCGUCCGCCCCCACUGGACGAAGAACACGCGUGCGAUCUUCCAGAACUCGGUCAAGAACCUCUCCCCCGACAGUCUUAAGCGCUUUGCGGCCGUGCGGGCCAAGUUCGACCCGAAAAAGACGUUCAAGAGCGUUGUUGGAGAGAUCAUCGGUGUUGUGUAG